ACCUGCUUAUUGUAUUACAACACAUUAAAGCCAAGGUCAAACAUUGAACAAAGUGGUUAUUGAUUUAAAAUUACCAAAUGAAACUGAUGAUAUUGCAGCAGUAUAUGUACCAUUAUCUCGUGUGAAACGUUUAGUUGAUUUAGCUAUUCUACGACCAUUCGAUUACAAAGUUUUACUUAUGAAACCAAAUAAAUCUCAAGUUGCUGAGAUGGAACGACUUGAUCAGCUUUAUAUCAACACACAAUUGCGUUUCCCAGAAUUGUUUCAAUAA